CGCCCGCCCGCUGCAGACAUGGCGCUGGCCAGUGUGGCGGAGCGGCCGCGGCCGCUGCCCGAGGGCCGCCGGGGCUUCUUUGGCCUCGGAGGUCGGGCGGACCUGGCGGACCUGGCGGACCUGGGUCCGGGGAGUCCCAGCGGCGGGCUGAGCCUGGCUGCGCCCGCCUGGGGCGCCCCCGAGGAGCCGCGAAUCGAGAUGCUUCACGGCACCACCACGCUGGCCUUCAAGUUUCGCCAUGGAGUCAUUGUUGCAGCAGACUCUCGGGCCACAGCUGGGGCUUACAUUGCUUCCCAGACUGUGAAGAAAGUAAUAGAGAUCAACCCCUACCUUCUGGGCACCAUGGCUGGGGGUGCAGCGGAUUGCAGCUUCUGGGAGCGGCUGUUGGCCCGGCAGUGUCGAAUCUAUGAGCUUCGAAAUAAGGAACGCAUCUCCGUGGCAGCUGCCUCCAAACUUCUUGCCAAUAUGGUGUAUCAGUACAAAGGCAUGGGGCUGUCCAUGGGCACCAUGAUCUGUGGCUGGGAUAAGAGAGGCCCUGGCCUGUACUACGUGGACAGCGAAGGGAACCGGAUUUCUGGUGCUGCCUUUUCUGUAGGUUCUGGCUCUGUGUAUGCCUAUGGGGUCAUGGAUCGAGGCUACUCCUAUGACUUGGAAGUGGCUGCGGCCUAUGAUCUGGCCCGGCGGGCCAUCUACCAAGCUACCUACAGAGACGCCUACUCGGGAGGUUCAGUCAACCUGUACCACGUGCGUGAAGACGGCUGGAUCCGCGUCUCCAGUGAUAAUGUAGUCGAUCUGCAUGAGAAGUACAGCAAGUCUAUCCCUUGAGGGGUGGAUUUCUUGGGGUGACUGUCAUUGGUAAUAUUACAACACCCUUUCUAGAGCAGAGGAGUCCACAGUUAUAUCUGUACGUUUUUAUAAAGCCCCUGAAACAUUGAUUGCUGUGUGUCACCCCUUAUAAAUGAGCUGCCACAGGC